UCGUCAAAAUAAAGCUGAACCCAUUUCAACGUUUACUGUACGGACAGUCAUGGCAGAAAGGAAGGCAUUGUCGUUCGGCUUUUCUAAGAAGGUAAACAGUCGACCUCUGGAAAAAUCUAAACUACAAGAGGACAAUGAGACGGCGAGUGAUCAACAUCCAGAUUUCGUUACAUCGCUUGAAGGACGGGAAGUGAAAGGCUCUUCUAAACCAAAAGAGAUAAAACAGAAAGAGUAUGUCAUUCCCCUGAUAUCCAAAAACAAAUGGCGGCUCCCUGGGGCCGAUCGUAACAGGGUGUCUAACACAGACCAAACAGAUGUCAAGGCAGUACAGGAAAAGGAGAGAGGCAGACCAGAUAGUAAUGGGACACCACAAGAACCCGGAAUAGAUGAUCAGGCAGUACAGGAACUCAUUCAAGAUGCAGCCAAACAAAAUGACGGCUGGGAAGACCGUGGAAAGAUUGAUCCUAAUGUUUCUAUUCCUCUGAUAAUGAGGAAUAAGGUACCAGAAGGAUACGAGACGGAUGACAAAUUGAAUGUUGCCCUACGACCGGAUGAGGUUGAUGUUGACUAUGAUGAGAUUCCCAUUGAUCACUUUGGGGUCGCCAUGUUAAGAGGGAUGGGAUGGAAGGAUGGAGAAGGUAUUGGGAAAAGUAAACAGACAAUUGUCCCAAUCGAGGCCAAGUUGAGGCCUAAGGGCCUUGGUCUUGGAGCUGACAGAAGCAAGGCAGCACAGCUAAACAACGCCAAGGCAGGUGGGACAGACAAUGGCGACCAGGAUGAUGACCAAUUGGCUAUUAAGAUUGGAGCUUACUGUAUGAUACAGAGGGGGCCACACCAGGACCGCUACGGAGAGAUAAAAGGCUUAGACGAGGACAAUGCUCGAUGCAUGGUCAAGUUAGCAGUCAGUGGACUCAUGAUCACAAACAGUCAACACUCUCUCAAGCUUGUCACCAAGAAGGAGUACUCGAAAUACUCAAAAUACCUGAACAAAAGCAAAGUUGACAAAUAUAAGGAAGAGCAGGAAAAUAAAUCGCAAGGGCACGAGUCAGGAAGUCACAGACACAAAAAGGAUAGACAUGAUAAGGAAGACAGACGGAACAAGAAAGACAGAGAGAGGCAUCAACAUCGUGAUGACCAGAGAAACAGAGAGGAUGGAAGGAAAGACCGAUGGAAGGAGGACAGAGACAACAGGGACCAGGGGUCAGACGUGGAAACAGACAGGGGGAACCAGAGAUUACACGAGGAUCGCCACGGGAGCAGAAACCAUAGGUUGCAGGAGGACGAACAUCGCAGGGAGAGGAAGCGAGACAGGGACAACAGGGACCACCAGGAUACAUCAGACAGCAAAAAGAAAAAACACAAAGAAGACAGAUCUUACUGUCAGGACCAAUAUGGCAGCAGCAACGGUCACAAAGAAAGUUCCCCAGCCUCAUUCUGGAUAUGUCCACAGCUAAGGGUCAGAGUGAUUGAUGACAAAUACAAAAAGGGGAAAUACUUAAAUACAAAGGUUGAAGUAAUAGAUGUUCCUGGUCCAGAUAAUUGUGUAUGCAGGACAGACGAUGGCCAUGUACUUGAAGGUCUUUCACAAGAAAUGCUAGAAACUGUGAUACCCAAAUCAGAACCAUCAUUUGUACAGCUGGUCACUGGGAAAUGGAAAGGACAGUUAGCAGAGUUGAUGAAGCGGGACAAGUCAAACUGUAUGGCACUUGUCCAGCUACUGCGAAACCGAGACGAAGUCCUCAAGAUAUCCUACGACAGCAUAUGUGAAUAUGUUGGAGACAUAAAUGCUGAAUUUGACUAUUGACAAACAAUGUUUGUAUACAAUUAAAUGUAAUUAUAGGGAAACACACAUUUGACCAGCCAAGGUUUAGACAAAAUGGUUCUUCAAUGGAACAGUCCUAUGUACCUUGCACUGGGAAUCUGAAUAGCUGAUUAAAGCUAUUGUGGAGAAUCUCUUAAGUAAGGUUUGAUUAUAAAGCAAAGGUGAUAAAUUUACACAAAGAGAAAUAUUCUGGCAUGCAGAUUAAGAUCUGUAAUAAAGGGAUGACCAAGUAUUCUGUAUACCAAAAAAAACUGUUUGCAAUUUUUCUUGCAAACAAAUUUCAUCAAUCAUUCCUUUUUAAUUUUUUAAAACCAUUUUUUAACAAAUACCCUCAUUGGAACAAGAUAUGUAAGAAUUAGUUCUGGUAUAUGAUGUCAGACACCCUGGUGGUGGAUUUCAACUAUGUUUUUCUUUGGAUAAAUGAAAAUCAUAUGUGUAAAAGUUAUUUGUUUAUUCUAAAACUAUUGAGGCAUGCCAAUAAAAUAUUUUGAACCAAACAA